AAUCCAGUCAAGCUCCGAUACAGUGCUUAAGAAAUAUGUCGUGUUUAGAAGCUUCGGUGUCAAACCGAAUAGAUAAUGAAUGAAAUGAAAAUGAGACGAGACAUGACGUCAUGUAACAAAUAUUAAACAAACAAAACACGAUGCAAAUCUGCGUAUACUUGAUGUAAUAUGAAUGUCAGCAACCAGACUGUGUGCGCGCUCCGGUGGUACGUGUGUGUGUGUGUGUUAUGACUGGUACAGGUUACUGGUAGAAUAUUUAGGAUCCUAAAACGUUCUUUUGAAUGACAAGCAAUUGAUUCAUUUGUUGCAUUUGCUUAGUUUUAAACAAAAUAGCACCAAACCACCCACAGAGCCAGCAAGACAUGAGCUGACAACAUCCAGCUGUAUUUAACUGUAACACCGAAAACAGUCAUUAUUUCUAGUAGCAUCGAGAGUUCCGCAGCGUUCACACAUUUUCAGCUUAAAGAUGGUGCCAGAAAAUGCGGUUUUAUGAUAAGAGGACGUUAAUGCCCUGACACACACACAUGUAAACUAUGUCAGACCAGGUGUUACCCCAAAUCAUCCCAUGUUUGGCCGCUACCUGAGAACAGUGGGCUCUCCUCCAGCUCAGACUGUUGUAAGCCACUGGAGACAGUGGUAUCAGCCUGGUCAUUUAUGUUGGACACGACCACCACACCUGCAGCAUCCCUCUCCCUUCUUCAGCACUGUCAGACACCCCGCUAAUAGGCCUCUGGAUCCCUACAACUGGAGCUCCUGGAGGCAAAGUGGGAUAUUGCCACACACUUACCCCAGACGAGGCCUUCAUCUUUCUAGAGGUCUGAUGGAAUGCUCCGACAGGGAGCCACCACAGAAGAGGAGGAAGAGUGCUGAGAGGAGGUUGCCAGGUGAAAAAUCUUCACACUCACCUAAACAUUCACCUCCAAAAGGCAGCAGGAGCUCAGGAGGAAGCCCUGAAUGGCUUCGGAAUGUAACUGCCGUUCCAGUCCCUCCUGGGAAAUUUCUUUCAAGCCCAAAGAGGACUGUGGAAGUACCAGAGUUAAAGAGACAUUGGGAGGAUCUUUCUCACCUCUGUAACGUUACGACAUCUGCGAAAGGGGGGAGACAAAAAUGGCCAUUUGAUUUCUCUGUGAUGUCCUACAAUAUCCUCUCCCAAGACCUGCUCUGUGAUAAUGGUUACCUUUACAGACACUGUAGUCCUCCUGUACUGGACUGGCGCCAUAGGUUUCCUAACAUAAUGAAAGAGCUGGAACAGCACAGUGCUGAUAUAAUGUGCCUGCAGGAGGUUCAAGAGGACCACUAUAAAGAACAAAUCAAACCAUCUCUAGAAUAUUUAGGCUACCACUGUGAAUACAAACGGCGAACAGGUCUGAAGCCUGACGGCUGUGCUGUGGUCUUCAAACGUGAGCGCUUCUCUCUGGUGUCCUGUCACCCUGUGGAGUAUUUCCGCCGUGGGAUCCCUCUACUGGACCGUGAUAAUGUGGGCCUGGUUCUGCUGCUGCGGCCCGUAGACCGAAAUAGCUCUCUUACCAACGUCUGUGUGGCCAAUACACAUUUACUGUACAACCCUAGACGUGGGGACAUUAAACUGGCGCAGCUGGCUAUGCUGCUGGCAGAGAUCAGCCAAGUGGUCCAGUUACCUGACAGCAGUGUUUGUCCUGUGGUGCUCUGUGGGGAUUUUAACUCUGUUCCCUGGUCUCCUUUAUAUCGUUUUAUUAAAGAAAGCAGACUGGAAUAUGAUGGCAUGCAAAUCGGAAAAGUGUCAGGACAGGAGGAAAACCCAAGAGGACAGCGUAUUCUCGCUGUGCCGAUUUGGCCUAGACAUCUGGGCAUCUCUCAGCAGUGCCAGUAUGAAGCACCAACCAGAGAUUCUGACGUGAGGGAUUUAGAGCAGGCAGCUUUAGCAGUGCUAGAUGGUUUAACCAAGCCCAGCAUUGAGCAUGGUUUGAAGCUGACUUCUGCAUACUCGCACUACUUAAAAGAGAGUGGUCAACCUGAGAUCACCACAUGCCACUCACGGACAGCCAUUACCGUUGAUUAUAUCUUCUACUCAGCGGCUCUGGGGGACGUGACGGCUCAGCCAGAAUGUAGUGUGUCACCAGAGAGGGGUCUGCAGCUGCUGGGCAGGUUAGCCCUGGUGGGAGAAACUGAACUCCAGGAGGUCAACGGCCUUCCAAACCAGCACAACUCAUCUGACCACCUGCCACUUCUGACACGCUUCCGUCUACACCCUUGAACUGAUGUACCAGUACCAUACCAUGCCUAUAAAUCAGUUUGUGGCCAGAAGAGGAAUAAUGUUUUGGAUUUUCAAUACGAAUACAAACAUUUUUUGUAAACUCUUCAACCCAUGCCAUGUGUAUUGUACACCAGCGAAGAAAUGACUAAUGUCAGUAACUUGGAAAUUACUUGGAUCACAUCUUUGGAUUAUAUGACGAACUUAAAGCAGUGGAGCGUGAAUUGGAAGCUUGUCUGUAAUUUCUGAGCAUAGUUACCUUUUAUCCAAGGUAUUACAGGGCAGUGACAUACACACUGUUCCUAAUGGAUUAAGGGUGUUUUGUUGUAAAAUUUGGCAGCUUUGACAAUAAUCAAGUCAGUGCAUGAUGUUUAAAUGUUUUAUUUUUUUUAGUUGUGACUGAUUUUAGGAGGCAUCUCUGUUUCAGACCUGCAUACAUUUUAAAAAGGGAUUAAAAAAAAAAAAGAGCAAAAUAAAUGAUUUUAUCUUCAACGAGCUACUAAUAUGUGUCAUUUG